AUGGAUAUUUUAAAUGUUACUGAAAAGCCUGGUUUCGACGAUACAAUUGUAGCAAAUGAAGUUCACACAUACAACCCUUAUGUCCAUUCGUUUGAUUACGGAGAUGAGAUAAGGAUACCCAUUAAUCAAACAGAUUUAUACGUAAACCCAUCCGAGUCUUAUAUAUUCAUCUCUGGUCAACUUGUUAAAACAAAAGAUAACACAAAAGCCGUUUCAACUGAUGGAGAAAUGCGGGCAAAUUUUGGAAUGUUUUUGUUCGAAGAGAUGAAAUAUCUAAUCAACGGUCAUGAAGUUGAUCGUUGUAAACAACCAGGUAUUACUUCAACAAUUAAAAAUUAUCUUUCCUACUCAAAAAAUGAAAGUGAGGCUUUACAAAUUGCUGGUUGGUGGUCUCCUCUAAGUGAUGCUGCAGUUAUGGAUUUGGUUGAUUACGAAUAUCGAUUUGAAAUUGCAAUUCCUUUAAGAAUAGUUUUUGGACUAAUGGAGGACUUUAAAAAGGUUAUCAUUAACGUUAGACAUGAAUUGGUUCUGACAAGAGCACGUAGCGAUGCAAACUGCUUUUUAAAAAAAGCAGGUGGAGAGGAUUGUAAAAUUAAUAUUUACAAGAUUCAAUGGAAAAUACCACAUGUCACCCCAGGGGACAAACAAAAAUUACAAUUAUUAAGAUAUUUGGAAACAAGUACAUGGUUACCAAUUGGUUACAGAAGUUGGGAUCUCUAUGAAUUUCCUUCACUUCCUGAAAGUACUAAUCAAACGUGGAAUGUCAGAAGCAGUACUCAGAUGGAAAAACCACGAUUUGUAAUUUUAUGUUUUCAAACUGACAGAAAAGGAAAUGAUAAAAAGAAAACUGUUUUUGAUCAUUGUAAUAUUAAAUCUGCAAAAUUAUAUCUAAACAGUGAGCAAUAUCCAAACGAUCAACUAAAUUUUGAUUUUGCAAAGGGACAUUAUGCACAAUUGUAUAAUAUGUUCACCGAUUUUCAAACCGCCUAUUAUAAUAGAAGAUCAGAUCCUCUUUUCACCUAUAGAGACAUGACCACUGUUUGCCCCAUGGUAGUAUUUAACACUAUGAGACAAAAUGACACAAUCAAAUCGGGGAGUGUUGAUAUAAGAAUUGAAUGGCAGUUUGAUAGAAAUGCACCUAAAAAAACAUCUGCAUUUGCAUUAAUCAUUCAUGAUAAGUUGCUUGAAUACAACCCAUUUAGUAAUCUAGUAAGACAAAUCCAAUAA